GCAAAUUUUGUGGUUUGCCUGUGUGAGGCAUAUGCUUCAUUUAGUUUACAAUGAGCCCAGGUCCUUUGCAGCUUGAAGUGUAUUUCGAAUCUGUUGUAUAAAGUGUAAAUAAUUACUGGUGUUGUGAAAACACUUGAUAAGUGUUGAAGGUGAGGAUAAGGUGAAGACCGAAGCCAUCUGGAGUGUGUUUUGUACAUUAUCACACCAUUGGGUAAACGUGCACUGGCAGACUUAAUCAAACACAGAGCCAAGAAGUUGUGUCACUGAAAAGGCAAAUCUAUCACUCGUUUUCCUCACCACUUUCAAAUACCAUCUUUUUUUUUUCUUAUUUUGAUGGGCAGGUGUGAGACUAGCUGAGGAGCAGAAGUGGAGCCGGCAGGCUUGGCGAUACUCUGGAUGGCUAAACAAGCUGAUGCAAAGGAGCCAUGUGAGCUUGUGGGCAAACAGCUGGGUGAACCUGGAAGGUUUGCAUAUGCAGCACUCUGCGGGAUCUCCCUGGCUUGCUUGUUUCCUGAAAAGGAGCAAAGCUCCUUUAGGAUGGAGUUUAUUGAAGACUUGGUGAAAUGGCUAGAGCUGUCAGACGCCGUCUUGCCUGCUAUGACUGCAUUCGCCAGUGGUUUGGGUAGCGAGGGCACAGAAACCUUUGCUCAGAUUUUACUGAAAGAUCCUGUCUUGGAAAAUAAUCCAGUCGUCAUUACACAAGAUCUUGUGUCUUUCUCUCUCAAGGAUGGCUAUUAUGAUGCCCGAGCACGGGUGCUGAUCUACCAUGUCACUUGGCUGCUGAGAAUCCCUGUAGAAGAACUGGAAGUCUUGGAGGAAUCUCUGCUUGAGAGCUUGAAGGAACAGAAAGAGGAAGAAUCAGAGUAAGGACGUUUGUAAUCAGGCUUUGCAUUUGCUAUGAGUUUAAAGCAGGCUCCUCUCCCAGCAGAAAACUCAUCAUGAGUCACCUG